AUGAAGCUGACUAUCAACUCCGAAGGCCCCGCGCUCACACGUCUCUCGGGAACGCUCUCUUUCUUUCUCAAACACGCGCCUCACACGCCUCUUAAUGUCGUUCUCAACAGCUCUCAGGACCUGCACUACCUCAGCCGUCUCUUGGGACCCUCUGCGCGCUCCCUCACAACCUUGUGCGUUGGGCUCAAGAUACCUUACAAAAAAAUGCUCCCUGCGGGACAGUGGCUGCUGCAUUCAGAAUUUCUGGGGGAGUUUGAGCAGCUGGAGAAGAUGGAGCUUCUAGGUCGUGGGAUAUGGAAAUUAGGCAGCCUGAAUGCAGCAAUGUUCCAAGCCUUACGAAGUCUGAGCAUCCACGAUUUCGAGCGCGAGAGAAAUUCUCUGCCCGUUCUCUCAUCCAUCGCACCGCAGCUGCAUGAAUUCGCUCUUGCCUGCUCCACCCAUGGCUCUGGCUCUGCCUCUACCACCCUCGAUUUCGAGUUCAUCGUUGCUCGAUCUAUCACAGUCUCCUUUGAGGACCAAGCACUCCACCUCCGCUUCGCCCUGCCUGCCUCUUUGAGGUCCUUCUCUUCUACUGCGUGGUUUCUUCGCGUGGAUUGCACAUGCAACAGCCGCCUCUCUCUCGACUCGCUCUCUCUCAUUGGCCGCUCGCAGCUCCUCGUUUCUUCACUACCAUUGGCUGCCGCCAAAUCCGUCUACUUGAAAGGACCAGCCAAUCGAAAAAACCAGUCGCGUGGUUUUCCCUGUUCCGAUCUCGAAUCUCAGCGCACCAUCACCCACCUGCUCAGCAGCAUAGCGCCUACAGUGGAGAUGCUUGUAUUGAGGUACGGCUGGCCUCUGGAGGGCGUGCGUGUGGAGUGGAGCCGCCUUCGUUGCGUUUUCAUCGGUAUAGAGAGGAUUGGGGGGAUUAAUCACCAAUAUUAUCCGGGCAAUCCGGAAAAUUCUAAUUUUUGGAAGUUCAUUAGUGCGGGAGGAGAGGAGGGCGGCGUCAGCAGCAGCACCAGCGGCUUGCUCAUCAAUGCUCCGAAAUUGGAGUCGUUUUACGAUGCCACGGAGCUGCUUAAAGUGUUCUGGAAUUAG